AUGGGGAACGAUGGCGCUGGCAGUUCGAUCUCUGCUCUUCACGAGUCACUGUCUUCACAGUCCGUUAAUCGAUCAGGCAUCGCGGCCGUUUUGCACCUGUAUCACUCUGCGCGCAUCGCUGCCCAACAGGCCUCUUGGUCUUCCCUCGCAGCUUACCUUCGCUCCCUCUACCGCAAUGACUCUGUGAAUUGGGGGCAAGUAGCAUUCUUGACUACCUGCGUGAUCACGAUGGUCGGUUGUGGCUUGUUCUCGUCGCUCAUCUGGCGAUUGCGGUCGCCGGAGAAGAGAAAAUCUUCUUCCCGACCGCGCCUGGGUUUGCGCAAGCGCUCGACCAAGUCUUCCACCAAGCCUCUUACCUCCUCGGACGAUGAUUACGAGGAUGAUGACUAUGAUAGCAACGGCUCGUUGCGCCAUGGUACUGAACCUCAUCGCCAGGCAACUGAGUGGUCGUCACAGCCUCAGCAGCAGACCUCCGAUGGUAAGCGAGAUUCCAGUGUUGACUUUUCCCCCUUCACCAUUGCCAAUUAUAAUUUCGCUAACACUUUAAAAGCAUUCAAGACAGAUCCCGGUAUUUUGAGGAAGUUCACCACCUACAACCCUUACACUACCUCCGUCGCGACAUACCCGGCCGUUCGAACUUUUUAUUCCCCCCACCCGAACCUCAGUCGCCUUCCCGAUAAGCCAUCUCCCGUUCCUCUGCUAGUGUUCAUCCACGGUCUCGGAGGGUCGCUGGCCCAAUUCCACCACCUCCUUACAAGUCUUUCCAAUGUUGGAUCGUGCUUUGGCAUUGAUCUGCCGGGUUGCGGUCUGUCCAAGUUCGCGCCCACCGAUUGGAACGCAUACACCGUGGAGGCGUUGGCCGAGUUGAUUGCUGUCGCGAUUGAGAGACAUCGUGAUCGAGAGAAUGGCCAGGGCGUGAUCCUUGUGGGCCACAGUCUGGGAUGUUCCCUGUCUGCUCUGCUCGCUUCGUCCUCCUCUCCCAUUGGAAAGGAUUUGAAGGAACAUAUCCUUGGUCUAAUCGCGGUCUGCCCUCGCGCCACACCUCCAUCGGCCAAUGAGGUUACAACCUUCCGCCGCUUGCUCUCUAUUCCUGACCCGAUCUUUAACUUGUGGCGUCUUUGGGACCGCCGUGGUGGUAUCAAGAGUACAAGUGUGAUGCGAAUGGUCGGCAGCGACGCGGAUGAAGAGACACGAGGUCUCCAAGUCCGUUUCAACAAGCAGAGUCGAACGCCAGUCUGGCGUCGCAUGGCUUGGGGCACGCUUCCUGAUUACAGCCAGGAUGAACCCGUCGGAGGUAUCCCUGGAGAUAAGGUCUGGGCUGCCAUUCACAUGCCCAUGCUGUUGGUUGCAGGCGAGGCAGACUCGGUGACCAAGCCGGUGGAGAUCCAGAAACUGCUCCAAUUCUUCGGUGAUGUUUCUGCGCAUACCACCAUUGAUACUAGCGGAAGCAGCAUCAUCCCCGAUGCCUCGCGAGUUCACGACCAGGGUUCAGCCUCGUCCACGGGUCUUGCCCACGAGGAAAAGUUUGGCCUCCAGCCUACCGAAGGUGAGAAGCUGAUCGGGCAGCCAAACCGUAAUGAUACUGGCCGCAAGCGACUUGUCAAGUCAGCCAUUCUCCCGGCGCCAGCUUCUCAUGCUUUGCUUUACGAUCGAGCAACAUAUCGUACACUUUCGGGCAUUAUCCAGGACUUCUUGUCCCAGCAUAUUGACCAGCGCCUGGGUCUGGGGUGGCAACUCCAAUACAUGAACACAUCAGGAAAGUGGGACGUGAAGAACCUCGCCAAGUGGCAGAAGGUUGCGCCCGUCUCUCAACCGAUCGCAAAUACCUUUGCUGCGCUGAAGAUGCUUCGUGAGGUUGACGAAGAGCACAACCCAGUGCUAUUCUCUCAGAAAUACCAAGGCCGCAUUUACGCUGUCGUUGAUAUUAGCCACGAAAGCCCAGUCUACAACCCGUUGACUAUGGAGAAGGGCGGUAUUCACUACAACAAGCAUCCCACUGUGUCCAAAAUUCCUCCCACUCCCGACGAGACUCGCGACUUUAUCGCCCUGGUCGAUCGGCUUCAAAGGGAGAUCGACGAUCAGAUGGAGAAGCGCGAGGACACUACUUUGCCCCGGCCACUGGUUGGCGUCCACUGCCACUAUGGAUACAAUCGCACUGGUUUCCUGAUUGUGUGCUACCUCAUCGAGCGUCUGGGCUUUGGCGUCCAGGAUGCCAUUGAUGAGUUCAACCGGUGCCGUCCCCCUGGUAUUCGGCACGGGCAUUUCAUUGAUACUCUCUUUGUUCGAUAUUGCGUCGGACUGAAGAGAGCCCCAACCCUGUAA